AAACCAGCCGGCAGCCACAUGCCGAGCCAUCAUCAGCCACCCCCCCCUCUGCACGAACCAGCCUGCACCGAGCCCAGACCCCUAGCCCUGCUGCCUGCGCCCCUCUGUUACCGUGAACCAGCCUUGUUCCUGCACCGAGCCUAGCCCCAAUCCCGUGCUUUCUGCACCAGAUCUCCUGCUUUUUCUGCAUCCGAAUCGCUUGCACUCUACACCAGCCAUCACCGGCAAUCAUGCCCUGCACGCCCAAGCCAUCAUACCCCCCCUACGCCCCUCUGCUGCACCAAAUCCCUUGCCCCUUUCUGUGCUCGAAUCGCCUGCACCCUGCACCAGCCAUCAUCGGCAAUCAUGCCCUGCACGCCUGAGCCAUCAUACCCCCCCUACGCCCUUCUACUGCACCGAGCCCUGCCCUUGCCGCCCGGCCUUGCUUCCUUCACCAGCCUUGCUCUGCGCCCCAAUCCCAUGCCCCUGCCUUCUGCACACUACAGCCAUACGAAAAAAACAGCCAAUACCAAACAAAAUUGGCAUCAUUGAUUGACAGAGCAAGGCCCUUGUUUUUUUGUUGCAUUUUAUUUUUAUUUUUAUCAUUUUUUUGGGUGUAUAUAUAAAGCAAAAGGCAGAGGUCUCGGGGGUCUUUUGGUUGAUUUUGGCUGUUUGAUUUGGGGGGUUCUCUUGGUUUUGAGUGUGGUGUUGACGGGCGGCCUAAGAGUUUUUUUUUUUUUUUCUGUUGAAGGAAGAUUGGUGUUUGAGAAAGAAGAUUUACGGGUUGCAAGAGGUAUAGCUCUGAACAAAGGAUUUUUGUUAGGAAAAUGGGGAAGGAGAUGGCGGAAGCUUGAUCCCGUAGGUGGGAUUCCUUCCACCAGAUCUGUUUCUCUUUCAAAAUUUCACCGUGUUUGUCUUUGUUUUUCUGUGGGUGUCUACUUUCUUUAGAUCUGAUGUUAAGAUUUGUAUGUGUUUCGUUGGAAAAUGAAUGAAAAAUCAAGAAAAAAAAUUGUUCAGU